CCACAGGUGGAGGGGUCCUGCUAGAGUAGCUAGGGAGCAAAAUAAAACGGGCUAAUAAGAGUUUAUUUAAUAACACUAUAAAUAGCAAUGGAUUAGCCUCAUUUCCUUGUACCUCAAUUUCCCAACCAUAUUCAAUCCUCCUCCAAUUUAAGUAAUUAACUAGUACAACACCAUUCACCACCAAAAUUAAAAUGGCUAUUGAAUAUCAUCAUUUGCCAUUUCUAUUCCUUGUUUUUCUUGCAUGUGUACAACACUCUUAUGAACUCGGAGUUUAUACUGGUUGGAAGAAUGCUCAUGCAACAUUCUACGGUGGUUCUGAUGCUUCCGGCACCAUGGGAGGAGCAUGUGGAUACGGAAACUUGUACAGCCAAGGUUAUGGUACAAAUACUGCAGCUUUGAGCACUUCACUGUUUAAUAGUGGGUUGAGUUGUGGAUCUUGCUAUGAACUCAAGUGCAAUGUCAAUGCUGACCCUCGAUGGUGUCGACGUGGAACUAUUACUGUCACGGCUACUAACUUUUGCCCACCAAACUAUGCCCUGGCUAAUAACAAUGGUGGCUGGUGUAAUCCUCCUCUUAGACACUUUGAUUUGGCUCAGCCUGCUUUUUUAAAAAUUGCUCUAUAUAGAGCUGGCAUUGUCCCUGUCAUCUAUAGAAGGGUCCCUUGCAUGAAGAAAGGAGGAAUGAGAUUCACCAUUAAUGGUCAUUCCUACUUCAACCUAGUGUUGAUAACAAACGUUGGAGGUGCAGGAGACAUUCGAUCAGUGUCCAUAAAGGGAUCAAAAACAGGGUGGCAAAAGAUGUCACGAAAUUGGGGUCAAAAUUGGCAGAGUCAUUCAUACCUUAAUGGCCAAAGUCUUUCUUUCAAAGUAAUAGCUAGUGAUGGAAGGAUAGUCACUACUUACAAUGUUGCUCCAACUAAUUGGCAAUUUGGACAAACUUUUCAAGGAGGUCAAUUCUAAGACAAAGUUAAUUACUCCAUAUGUUCUAAGACAUGAAUUUAAUUCAAGGGGUCUUCAUUUUUCAAACAAUAUGUAUGAAGUUAUUUGUCACACAAAAAAAAUAAUUUAAGAUGAUAAUCAAAAGUGUCUACCACUCUGUUGAUUUAUCGUCACACAAAUAUACAAGCACUUGGCAGGAAUUACAACAAAUGAAACAAGUUGGCAUUUAUUAUGUAGAAGUGUGUUUAUGUCAUCUAAUGUUAAUUAAUGUGAAUAUAUUACUAUUACGUCGUCCUUUUUUA